AUGACAGUGUUGACCAAAGAACAAUUAGAGAAAUUUGACCAAGAUGGUUGUCUAGUUAUUCCUGAUUUCUUUUCUAAAUCAACAGCAGAAGAACUCAAGUCAAGAGCAAAACAAUUGUUGUCUGACUUUUCGCUUGAAGGCCAUCCCAUGACAACUUUUAGUACAGGUUCCAACGACAAGCAACAUGUAGGAGACAAGUACUUUUUAGAGUCAGGUAAUAAGAUUCGUUUCUUUUUUGAAGAAGAUGCUUUUGAUGAGCAAGGACAACUCAAAGUGCCCAAGGAGAGAGCGAUUAACAAGAUUGGACAUGGCUUACAUGCUUUGGAUCCUCAAUUUAAAGCAUUCUCGCAAAAUGAGACAAUUUCCUCUAUGACCCGUGAACUUGGAUUUAAGAAGCCUCAAGUGCUUCAAUCCAUGUUGAUUUUUAAACAACCUUAUAUUGGCGGACAAGUGCCACCUCAUCAGGAUUCUGCAUUUUUGUAUACUGAACCUCUUUCUGCUAUUGGCUUUUGGUUUGCUUUAGAAGAUUGCACUGAAUCAAAUGGCUGUCUUUGGUUUAUUCCUGGAUCACACAAAACUUCACCUGUUACAAAGCGAUUUGUCCGUAAUCCUAAUGGUUCGGGUACUAUCUUCCAAGGAGAAGAUACAUUUGAAGUAGACGAAUCAAAGUAUGUCAAAUGUGAAGUUGAUGCUGGUGCUUUAGUCUUGAUCCACGGUAGUGUCCUUCACAAGUCAGGUCAUAAUUUAUCUGAACACUCUCGUUAUAUCUAUACUUUUCACUGUAUUGAGGGUGAAGCUCACUACCCAUCUGAUAAUUGGUUGCAACCUUUGGAUGGAGAACCCUUCACAGCUGUCUAA